AUGGUGAAUAACUCAUCUGACUCGAAAACUGGAUAUUCGCAGAAGACCGUAUUCAUUCUAAAGAACGAAAUAUUCAAACUCAGCCUGGCAGCGCCAGACCAAGAAAAUGAGAAUCAGGAGGUCCAGACCAAAUCUAUCGAGACUUGUGUAGAUGAGGAACAAGAAGCUCCAACCUACUUGGAUGCCUCUCCAAGCACACAGUUCCACUACACCUGCGCCCCCAACUACCUUCAGAGUGUGACCGUCUUCUCAGGCAGCAGUGGCACAACUGUGGUUGGCUUCCAAUGGGGACACGCCCUGCUUAGGAGCAAGAUGGACAUGUGGGCAGACAAUGGGAAGGGCCAGUUGAGGCACUAUCUGAGUGUUCCCAUGGAGAAGACGUACAGAGUCGAGCACCUCGUGUUUGUUCCAACCCAGCGUGUACUGGUGGGGGCCUGCAAUGACAUGCGUCUGAGGGUCUUCACUGACAUCACCCAGAAGAUGAGGGUGCUUUACCAAGCGCCCUGUCCUGCCAUCGUGAUCUGCAUGCACUUCUGCCCAGAGACCAACCAGCUGCUGACUGGCAGCAUGGGCCUCAUUGCCUUCUGGGGCUUCAGGAUCUCCCCGGACAUUCCUCUGGGGCUGGUGAGGGUUCUGGACUGGAAGUGCUGCUCCCUGAGCAGGAACACCCUGGUGGGGGCCCUGGUGACCGAGCCCCAGACCUCCUCCGUCUACGCCCUCUGCAGCAACCGCAUCAAGGCCUUCGAGCACACGGGCCAGAGGGAGCUGCUGCAGUUCAAGGGCUGCAGCCGAGGCCGGCUGCGGUGCAUCGCCACCGACGGGGUGCAGAGGUACAUCUACACGGGGGGCGCUUGCGGCUAUGUGCAGAUAUGGAGCAGGGACAUCGCCGGGAUGCUGCAUGAGUUCCGGGCCCACACCCACCCCGUGAGCUCCCUGCUGCUGCGCUCGGACACGGGCAGCUUUCUGACGGCCUGCACGGGCGGCUGGGUGAAGGAGUGGAGCUCUGCGGGAGACCUGCUGUUUAAACUGUACGUGGAUGAGCCUGGAGGGGUUCGGAGCCUGCUACUGCUGGGGAAGGACUGCCUCCUGUGUCAGUCUCCCUCGUCCAUGGUUGUCUGGCAGCUGCGCAGCCUGUACCGCCUCUACGCCGACACGGGCUGUGACUUGCAGACGAUCCAGAGGGUGGAGUGUGGACGUGACAGGGCGCGGUUGCUAUCGGUGACUGAUUACGGAGUGGCAACACUCCUGUGCCCAGUCAGCGGGCAGCUGCUGAUGCUGUCCUGGCCCCUCGCACACCUAGAAAACGCCCUGGGCUUUGCUUACAACCCCGGCAGGGAGGAGCUCUUCGUUGCCUACGGAGCACCGGAGGUCCUCGUGCUGGACACGUCUCAGAGUCCCUGUUCAGCUAAGCACCUCAUCUGCACCUCCACGGACUACGACGACGGGGUGAUGUGCGUCGAGGGAGUGCAGGUGGACGGGGCGGGGUGGCCCGGGGUCGGCUGCCUGGUGUUCAGCGGCCACCGCAGUGGGAAGCUGCAGUUGCUGUCCCCGGCUGAGCUGCACUGCCAGGUAGAUCAAGCGCACUCAGGAGCCAUAACCCAGAGCAGCAGCCUCCCAGGGCUCGUCCCCGUCCUGUGCUGCUAUGGCACCGACAAACAGUUUAGCGUGUGGUCGGUCAGGCUGGAGACAGAAGGGGUGAGGCUGAUCCUAAACAGCAGAGUGAGCUGUUGUUUCACCCCACUGCUCUCCCGCCUGCUCCCUGGCUGCGUGUGCGCCAUCUCUCCCCACCAUAACCUGCUGCUGCUCUCCCUGUCUGGAGGGGUGGACGUUGAGAGGGAGAGGAACCCUGCGGAGCCAGUCUGCUGCCUCGACUACUGUCCCCUCCUGGGUCUCCUGGCCUUGUGUGGUCCCGGUGGGAAUGUGGAGAUAUGGGACUGUACAGGCAACAUGCUGAGUGAGAUGAGGCUGGGCUUGGCUGUGAGCCAGGUGUGCUUUGCCAACACAAGGGGGGACAUCCUGGUCUGUUUCAGAGGCAGCAUCUACCUCAUCUCCAGCCUCCACUUCCUGCCCGUCAGGCUACUGAAGGCUUUGCUGGAGCAGGGCUCAGAUGAUGAGAUCCCAGAGUACCCCAUACCCUUCCUCCCCAAAGCUCCAGAGAGCUACGAUGUCUCCAGGGUGCCCAGGAUCCACCCUGGGUCUGAGGGGAACAUGUCCAUCGCCAUCCCAACAUCUUCAAUGUUAGGGGAGGCGGCUCAGCCUCCCCUAACAUUGAAGAGGAAACUGUCUCUGGUCACAAACUUAAACCUCACACCCAAAAGUGCAACACUCAGAGUGGUGAAGUGGACUGCCCCUGCCAGAGGAAAAGAGGUGGUGGUGGAGGAUGUAGCUGAAUGUUAUCCCAUACAACAGGCUGAUGUCUGGGAUGAUACUCCAUCCAUGGCUCAGGCUACAGAAACAGAACACAAUGUCUUGGUGUGGCCUGUUGCCCCAGAUGGAUAUCUUCCUAACUCAGUUCUUCGGGGUCAAGGUCAGAAGCAGGAGGAGUCUGCUCUGGUAGAACCUAAUGUUCAAGCUUUUCAGUUGAAGCUCAGGGAGGAAAAGGAUGUCGAAACGUCAUCUCAGACAUCAGACAUUCUAUAUUUGCCCCAAGCUGCAAAAAGCAUCCAGUAUCUUCAUUUCCCGUUGCCAAAAAUUAUUUGGAAUGACCCAGUUACGGAGGAGUCGGAGCCUGAGGCUGAGCCUAAGGCUGAGCCUAAGGCUGAGCCUAAGGCUGAGCCUGAGCCUAAGGCUGAGCCUGAGCCUAAGCCUGAGGUUGAGGCUAAGGCUGAGGCGGAUGUGAUGGACAUGCAUGAGAAUCUAAAGACAACACUCCAGACCCUUACAGACAACCUGCUGCAGGCAGACAUUGACACCUUUGAUAAGCACAGCCAGGCCCUGCAGGAGUUGUUCCAGUCUACCAGUGUGAACCCAGGACUGAAGCAGCUUGUCAAGAAGUUGUUACUGGACCAAGCUCACAGUGAGGUGCCCCAGUGGAAGCAGCUGCAGAACUGGAAGAACCUGGUCACCCUGAAUCUCAUCUGUGAAGGGGACCAGAGCUUGCUGGCGUUCCCACUGCUCAACCCAGAUCCUGAGAUGCGUGACCUGGCCCAAGACAUCCUUAAAACGGUCUUCAACAUCACAGACAAGACGACACUCCAAACAGAGCUUCAAAAGCACAUGACUCAGAAACAGAUAAAGGAACUGCUGGACCAGCUGAAUGAGGACUUGGAGGUUAUAGUGGAUGUGGACAGGAAGUCAGAGCCCAAAAAAACUAAAGAAAACCUGCCCCUGCCCCUCCCCCUGUCCCCUGCCACUCCGAUCACAUGCAUGACACCCAUUACUCAAGAGUUAUCAGUUAUCAGCAUGCCGGUUCAAGAUCAAGAAAAACCACAGCGGAAGGCAGACCUGCCCAUUGUCAGACAGCCAUCUGUCAAGGAAUUACCUCAUGUGGAGAUGAAGAGGAGCAAAGUUAUGGUCUCUAAACCAGAAGUACAAGUGAAGAAGAAACGCUCUUUCCUUCCACCUGUGUCUCCUUCCAGUGAAGCCAGACAACACGUCCACUUGAAGUCCUUUAAUCUGCAGGCGACACAGAGGAGCGUCGUUGAGGUUAAGAAACAGGGAGCGCUGGUACGUGAUGAUCCUCUAAUGUACCUUUACAGUAAGUCCCGAAGGCUCUCCGAAGCCCCUGCUUGCUCUACUGCCGUCCCUCGGUCUAAGAGUCCGUUGCUGCCAAGUGACAUGGAUCUGGGUUCCCCCGUGAGCCAGCAGGCGUCCUCCUCCCUCCUGACCCCGCUCGCUCCCUCACGUCACCCUGAAUACUGCCGCAUUCAGCCUCGCUGUGGCGAGGGGGACGCCAACUGGAGGGAGAGCCUCCGCAAGUUAGUCUCACUCUACGGCUUCCGCUCCAAGGGUGCCCCGCCUUCUUCCGCAGGGUAUCAAGUGCCCCCCGUCUCUCUCGUUCCCUCGGAGGCCACGUCCCCAGUCCCCACAGCGCCCGAGGCCCCCUCCAGGCCGGCAGGACAAGGUGCGCUGGGUCAGAGGGUACUGCACAGGACCCAGCUGAGGGAGAUGUGGGAGAAGACACCAACUCAGUUCCAGCACGAGGUCCCUCUCCCCUGGCAGCUGAGCAGCUACACCCUGUGCGCGCGGGGGAAGAGCAGGUACGGGAGGCUGGAGCUGGACUGGGUGCGGAGCCCGGAGGGAGACGUCCCAGCACGACACAUACCAGCCUUCCCUUGUCUGACGCCUGCCUGCCAAGCACUUUGA